UGUGCUGGAGAAGAGAACUGGGUGGACAGUCGGACCAUCUACGUGGGGCACAGGGAGCCCCCCCCAGGUGCUGAGGCCUACAUUCCACAGAGGCACCCCGACAACAGAAUCGUCUCCUCCAAGUACACAUUUUGGAACUUCAUACCCAAGAACUUAUUUGAACAAUUCAGAAGAAUAGCCAACUUUUAUUUUCUUAUCAUAUUUCUGGUACAGUUGAUCAUCGACACCCCCACGAGCCCCGUAACCAGUGGGCUUCCGCUGUUCUUUGUCAUCACCGUCACGGCUAUCAAACAGGGCUAUGAGGACUGGCUUCGCCAUAAGGCAGACAACGCCAUGAACCAGUGCCCUGUGCAUUUCAUCCAGCACGGCAAGCUGGUGCGGAAGCAGAGCCGAAAGCUGAGGGUCGGGGACAUCGUCAUGGUCAAGGAGGACGAGACCUUCCCCUGUGACUUGAUCUUCCUCUCCAGCAGCCGCGGGGAUGGGACCUGCCACGUGACCACCGCCAGCUUAGAUGGAGAAUCCAGUCACAAAGUACCGUGCCUUUCAUUUGGGGCCAUGCACGGGGCACCGUGGUUGCAAACCCAGUGUUCCCGGGGGUUACGGAGAAACCGGGGGAGCUGGGCCGGCCACACGGCUCCUCACUUUGAUUCUCCCCACAUCCCACCGUUGCCUGUUCCCCCUCAGGGUCCAUAGCCACCAACCACUCGGGUUAACAGAAGUGACUUCAUGUUAGUUCUUAGCUGUGUCACUGAGUGGAGGGACCAGGAUGCAAGGAGUAGAUUGUGGGAAUUUGGAAAAUUUUCAUUUUACUGGUCAAAAUUAGUGUCUUAACUAGAUGGAGUUAUGUGAAAAGUCACAUGGGAGUCUAGAUUUUUGAGGACUAUCACUUUAAUGAGUGUCCUUUCGUUCAAAUGUCUUAAUAAGGAUUUUCUGAACUUAGAAUUAAGUUCUUAUACUCAGUAUGGAAUUCUGUACUGCCAGUUGGUGCUACGAAACUUUAACAAUCGCAAAAGAAUAGAACAUACCACUAUUUAAAGAUUUCAUUAUUUUUAAAACAAUGGGAGCUUCCUAGGAGUUUAAGAAAUUAGUGAGCGUGGCUCAGUGGACCCAACCAUGUCUGAGGCAUUGGUCAAUGGCAAUUAAUGGUGGGAUUUCUGUGGUGGGAAAGAGAUAUUUUCUUCCUUUUAUGGGUAAUUCAUAUCAUUGUAUAAACCCUGUGGGACUUUUGGGGCACCUUUCCUAUGUAGGCGUCCCGAGAGGGCUAAUAUUCUGGCACGAUCGAUGGUGUUUGUGGGGGGUGGAAGCCCCCGGGAGAGCCAGGUGACUGUGGUGUCAGGUGUCUGAGUGUGGGGAUCAUGUUCCCGUGUCCCUGACACCCGGUGAGCCACGUGGACCCCGGCUGUUGGCACCGGGUGGCCCCUCGUGCCCGUCCUGCGGGAGGGAUGCCCCAGCAUGGCUAGCACCUCUCGUGCGGUUGUGCUCAGCGUCCUGUGUGCUCUCUGACGUCACAUCUGCACAUCUGACCAGGGCUGGGCGCUGGAGUUACUGAGCUCCUCCCGUAAAAGACACCAGGGCUCCCGCACUGGUCACAGUCACGGCCCGUGUGAC